AUGGCGGCGCCCAAGACUUUUAUGGCGGUUGUCAAGUCGGUGAUGAGUGGUGACACCCUCAUCCUGACGUCGCCCAACAACCCAACUCUGGAGCGAACCUUCUCACUGGCUUUCGUGACAGCACCCCAUCUGCGCAAGGAGGGCGAUGAAGCAUUCGCUUUUCAAUCACGCGAGUACCUUCGUGGUCUUGUCCUUGGAAAGACGGUCAAGUGCUUAAUCUCGUACACUGUUCCCGCAUCAGGACGUGAGUACGGUACGGUGCAACUCCAGGACGGCACCGAGCUUCCCCUGGACGCCGUUAAGGCCGGCUGGCUCAAGGUCAGGGAGGAUGCAGGCCGCAAGGAGGAGUCCGAGGAUGUCUUGGCCAAGAUCGAGGAUCUACGGUCAGCCGAAUCCCAGGCUAAGUCGGAAAGCAAGGGUCUCCACGGAACCGGCGGUUCUAUCGAGGUCCAGAACGACCUGGGAACCCCCGACUUCUUCAACCAGUGGAAGGGCAAGACCGUAAAUGCUGUCGUCGAAAGAGUGUUGAGCGGAGAUCGCCUUCUCUGCCGACUGUUGCUGUCUGACAAGAAGCACCUGCAGGUCAUGACCUUGGUUGCCGGUAUCCGAACUCCGGCGACAGAGAGGACCAACACAUCUACCGGCAUCACUCAGGCAGCCGAGGAGUUUGGCAACGACGCAAAGGCCUAUGUUGAGCAGCGACUUCUGCAACGAGAUGUCAAGGUGGAAAUGGUCGGUGUCAGCCCCCAGGGACAACUGGUCGGACACGUUCUGCACCCCCGUGGAAGCAUCGCUGAGUUCCUGCUGGCCGACGGUCUGGCGAGAUGCAAUGACUUCCACUCGACCAUGCUCGCAGAAAAGAUGGCGCCGCUGAGAGCUGCGGAGAAGAAGGCCCAGAUCGGCAAGCUCCGUCUUCACAAGAACAGCACCGCCAAGGCGACCGAUGGCAGCGCUUCGGACAUGAUUGUCUCGAAGAUCAUUGCGACUGACACUCUUGUUGUGCGCACCAAGACUGGCGAGGAGAAGCAAGUCAGUCUCAGCAGCGUCCGCGCCCCACGAGCAAAGGAGCCGUCUGAGGCUCCCUUCAGAGAUGAGGCCAAGGAGUUCCUCCGGAAGAAGGUCAUUGGCAAGCACGUCAAGGUUACCAUUGACGGCCACAAGCCGGCCAGCGAUGGUUUUGAGGCUAGAGACGUUGCCACUAUUACCGAAAAGGGAAAGAACAUCAACCUCUUAUUGGUGCAGGAAGGCUGGGCUUCAGUGAUCCGCCACCGCAAGGAUGAUACCGACAGAGCACAGAACUACGACGAACUUCUGGCUGCUCAGGAGACUGCCAAGGAGGAGAAGAAGGGAAUGUGGUCGGGCAAGGCAUCGAGGGCAAAGACUUACACUGAUGCCUCGGAGAGCGUGCAGCGGGCGAAGAUCCAGGCCUCAGCCCUCCAGCGACAGAAGAAGGUGCCCGGAAUCGUCGAUUACUGCAAGGGGGGUUCCAGAUUCACAGUUCUGAUCCCUCGCGAAAGCAUCAAGAUCACACUGGUUCUUGCUGGCAUUCGCGCGCCGAAGGCCCCUCGCUCGGCGCAGGAGAAGGGCGAGCCCUUUGGUCAGGAAGCUCUCGAACUUGCCAACCGACGAUGCAACCAGCGCGACUGCGAGAUCGACGUCUACGACGUUGACAAGAUUGGUGGUUUCAUCGGUGACCUCUACAUCAAUCGUGAGAGCUUUGGCAAGAUCUUGGUCGAGGAGGGCCUGGCAUCAGUCCAUCAAUAUUCGGCAGAGAAAUCUGGCAAUGCCAACGAGCUCAACGCUGCUGAGAAGAAGGCCAAGGAGGGCCGCAAGGGCAUGUGGCACGACUGGGACCCCUCGCAGGAGGAAGGUGCCGAAGAGGAGGCCUAUGAGGAGACACCAGCCGAUUCUGGCGCCCAGGACAAGAAGACCACAGAGUACCGCGAUGUUGUGGUUACCAACAUUGACGCGAACGGAAAGCUCAAGAUCCAACAGAUUGGGUCGGGCACCGCAGCCCUCGAGACCCUGAUGAGCGAGUUCAAGAAGUUCCACUUGGACUCCAAGAACAACAAGCCACUGACAAACCCACCGAAGGCCGGUGACCUUGUGGCCGCCAAGUUCUCUGCCGACGGCCAAUGGUACCGUGCCAAGAUUAGAUCCAACGACCGUGCAUCCAAGAUCGCUGAGGUUGUGUACGUCGACUACGGCAACUCGGAGAAGAUUCCGUGGUCCAACCUGCGAGCUCUGGACCAGCCGCAGUUCAACACGCAGAGGCUCAAGCCCCAGGCCAUCGAUGCCGUGCUGGCCUACGUGCAGCUGCCUACCGGCAACUAUUUCGAGGACGCCAUCGGCCUGCUUGCCGAGGCGACCGACGGGCGGAAGCUGGUCGCCAGCUUCGACUUUGUCGAUGCCAAGGAGGGGCUGAGCUACAUCACGCUGUUCGAGCCCAGCGCCGGGCAGAGCUCCUUCACCGACUCGAUCAACAAGGAGAUCGUGGCCGAGGGCCUCGCCAUGGUGCCCAAGAAGCUGAAGGCGUGGGAGAGGGGGGCGCAGAGCGCCGAGGUCCUGAAGAAGCUCCGCGUGGUCGAGGACGAGGCCAAGAAGGAACGGCGCGGCAUGUGGGAGUACGGCGAUAUCACCGAGGACUAA